CUGGGCAGUCGAGGCGAAGCACGGAGGCCGGUGACAGCGCCUCCCUACAUCACUCCAUACCCACACCAAGCAAUCAGCAAAAGUGAUUAAUGAUGAGGAAUUGAUUGCAAGGCAUCCAAUUUGGAGCAUUCAACGAUGUAUGAACUCAAACUUGCCAUCUCCGUAUCUCCACAUCCACUAAGAAAUUGACUGGUAGUUUUCGGACCAGACAAAAAUAACCGUCCAUCCAAAAGUUAGUGCCAACCUCCCACCACAUUUGUCAAACUUCAGAGACCGAGACAACAUGAUGGUCCAGGAGAAGCUUCAGAAGCCUCAUGAAUGUGCUGUAUGUAACAGGAAAUUUUCGCAAAGAAGAAAUCUGCGUAUACACCUUAGAACCCACUCAGGAGAAAGGCCGUUUGAGUGUGCUGUGUGCAACAAGAAAUUUACGCUAAGUAGUAGCCUACGUGGACACCUUCGAACCCACACAGGAGAAAAGCUGUUUGAGUGUACUAUGUGCAACAAGGAAUUCUCGAGGAGUUGUACUCUGCGUGAGCACCUUAGAACCCACACAGGAGAAAAGCCGUUUGAGUGUGCUGUGUGCAACAGGAAAUUUUCGAAGAAUAGUAACCUCCGUAAACACCUUCGAACCCACACAGGAGAAAAGCUGUUUAAAUGUACUGUGUGCAACAAGGAAUUCUCAAGGAGAUAUAAUCUGCGUGAACACCUUAGAACCCACACAGAAGAAAAGCCGUUUGAGUGUACUGUGUGCAACAAGGAAUUCUCGAGGAGUUGGACUCUGCGUGAACACCUUAAAACCCACACAGGAGAAAAGCCGUUUGAGUGUGCUAAUGUUUAA